AAGCAAUUUACAUAUUUUUUUGUUAUAACGGGACUUUUAUUUUGAAGUGUUUUAUUUUGAAGGGCUGUCAAACGUGGCUUCCUGCUUUAUGAAAGCAUGCUGUCUGAGCUGUUUAUGGUCUUCUUCGGUUUUAUUCGCUCGGCCGGUGUUCUGCAUUCACUCGUACACCUUAAAUAGGCCGUUUAGGAGCGGCAGCAUGUGUAAAGAGCUGAAGACGAGAGUCCUGCGGCUAUCAGCGCAGAGCUCCGGGGAGCAGCAGGAGUGGACGGAGAUCCUGAGCGCCACAGUCAAGGCUCUGAAAGCGGGGCAGGUCGUGGCCGUUCCCACUGACACCAUCUACGGUCUGGCCUGUGUGGCUCAACACUCUGCGGCCGUCAGGAGAGUUUAUGAUAUCAAAGGACGGAAUGGAGACAAUCCUCUAGCCAUCUGUGUCGGAGACGUACAGGACAUCUACAGAUUCUGUAAGGUGUCUGUGAAGGAGGAGCUGCUCCGAGAUCUGCUGCCUGGACCUGUUACACUAGUUCUGGAAAGAUCCUCCACACUGAACGGAGACCUCAAUCCUUUUACCAAGGUUGGCUUUAGUUAUUCUCCAUAUACAUGA